CUACCUUAUCCCUGUUUCUCCCGUCAUGCGUCACGGUGGUGGAUUUUGUUGUCAAGGCAACGCCGGGAACAUACAGAACAGAGAAAGCGCGAAGAUGGCGACGCGAAUAACAUACGGCCGGCGAGAGGGAAAAUUACGAGAUUACGGAGAGCCCCAGAUUAGCAUUAUUCCGGAGGGGAUGACCGAAAGAGAUGUCACUGUCAUACAGCCUAAAGACUGGACUCGCAUACAAAACAGUCUUGCACGCUAUAACAAGGAUGUGGCCAGGCAAAAAGCAAUCAAAGAGGAAAAACUGGCCUUGCAUAAUAUCUCCAACGAAAUGGUCAAACACUGGGAUAACACGAUCGAGGGUCUGAGAAAUAAGAAACUCCAAGCCAGAAAAAUAAGAGAGGAGAAAGAGGAGGCUGAGCGAGUAAAAAUUGACAUUGAAGAAGCUAAGCACCAAGCGCAAAAGAGAAAAGAAGCAAUUGAGAAAGCCAAGACUCAGCAAUACUACCAAACAGAUCGUGUGAAGACUUUCCAUAGUGCAUUGUUGUUAACUGAAGUCAUGAAAGAGAGAGAGGCUCAAGUCAAGAUGAAAAAAGGGCAGACGAAUGCAGAUAAAAUACGGGAGGCACAUGUCCUAAGACUCCAGCAAAGGCAAUUCGAAGAAGCUAUUAGGGAAGACCAAAAGAGAGCACUUGAAAGAUAUAAUGCCCGCAGAGAGGUUGCAGAUUUUCAGCUUUUCCAAGUAAAAGACCACAUUGAGGAAAAUCAUCUAGCUAAAGACAUGGACAUGCAAGAGGGACAGAACAUCAAACAACAAGUGGAUAUGUAUGAGUCAGCAAAGAAAAUUAUUGAAGAACAAAGAAGACAGGAAAAGAUUCAGUUGAUGAAAGACCACCAGUCUCAUUUGUCCAAACGCAAGGAACUGCAAGAAUUUGAACGCAAGAAGCAAGAGGAAGAAGAUGAGGAGAUUAGGCAAUUUGUUUAUGCAAAGAAAAAAAUGUCGAAAAUGCGCAAAGAAAAAGAAACAGAGCUAUUCAAUGCCUUCCAAGACCACACUAAUAGGAUGCGACAGAAGCUUGCUGACCAGAUGCAGCAGAAAGUGGAUGAUGAAGAUGAGCGAAUCGCCAAGGCUCUGGCUGAAAGAGAAGCCAAGCGAGAAGCUGAAGAAAGAGCCAAGUUUGAGGCAGACAUGAAGGAGAAGAGAGGAAUUCAUGAGCAUCGUAUCUCUAUGAUGAGGGAAAGUGAAAGAAAGGCAGCAGAAGAAGCCAAGAGAGACCAAGAAAUCCUCAGAAAGCGUGUGGAGUCAGAUAAACUGUACCAUGCAAAGCAAGUUGAGAAAAAGCUAGAAAAACUUCACGAGACAAAGAAUUUGAAGACGUUCCAGAUGGAUCAAGUGGGUGAACGCAAGGUUCGUAAAGAACAAGAAAAAGUGUCUGACCUGAAGACAGAUCUCGCAAAUGACAUGCUCCUGCGAGAAGAAGAACUUCAGUUCCAAGAAUACGCCCAGCAUGUUAUAUCCGAGGAGCGUAAGCGAGGGCGUAACCCUUACCCCCUCAUCAAGGCGGCUCAGGAGGGACCCGGAGGGGGAAGGGGUCCCAAGUAUGAGGGCAAGAACGGACUUAGACCAAGCUUCCUCGUCAGUGAUGGUACUGGUGUCCAGUUACCCAAUUACGCCAACGCCACCACGCAAGGAAGCCAUACGCGCAUUUACGGAGACCCAGGAAAAAGCCGUAAACGACUUGGAUUUACUUGGUAGAAGAAUUCUACACUGGAAUUUAAAAUUUGUAGUAGAAACAAACAAGAUAUGUUUUGGGGAUUUAGUGCUGAUGGGAAUGUUUUUAUACUCUGUAUAUACAACUAAAAGUUUGGUAAAUGUAAAUAAAUGAAUUGCUACUACA